AUGGCCCCGGAACAUGAAAUCGCCACCGUAGCGGUGCGCGAUGAACGAGACGAUGAUAUAAAGACUGUUCGUUCGACCGAACAACCGAUCGAUUACGAGAAUAAAAAGGAUUCGAUCUUUCCCCCGGAGAAUGCGAAUCGUCCUAACCCUACCGGCUCGCGCCUCGGCUCCCUGUUGAGAGCAUUCGAGCAGCAGCUGGUUGAGUAUAACCUGGAGGCACGUGGCAUUGAGCGGGUUGCGCCUGAUGAGCGCAUGAAGCGCCUGUCAUGGGUAUCGUACCUGCAGACGUUCCUGCUGUGGGUGUCGAUCAACCUGGCAGCGAACAAUAUCACCUUGGGAAUGCUGGGCCCGGCGGUGUAUGGACUGAGCUUCACAGACUCGGCCUUGUGUGCGGUGUUUGGCGCAAUUGCCGGCUCGCUAGUCUCUGCGUGGGUGGCUACUUGGGGCCCGUUGUCGGGUAUUCGGACCAUGGCGUUUGGCCGCUACUCGAUGGGAUGGUGGCCGAGCAAGAUUAUUGUUUUGCUGAACUUGGUCCAAAUGAUCGGAUAUUGUCUGAUUGACUGUGUGGUGGGAGGGCAGAUCUUAUCUGCUGUCUCGCCGGGAGGUCUUUCAGUUGCCGUGGGCAUUGUCAUUAUUGCAAUCAUCAGUUGGGUGGUGGCUACAUUUGGUAUUCAAGUGUUCCACUACUAUGAACGAUUUGCAUUCCUGCCCCAAUUGAUUGUUGUAUGCAUUCUCUUUGGAGUCUCAUCUUCCAAGUUCGACCUUUCCACAGUCUCUCAAGGCGAUCCCCGAACGGUGGCCGGUAACAGGCUAUCGUUCUUCUCUAUCUGUCUUAGCGCAGCAAUCACCUACGCCCCUCUCGCCGCAGACUUCUUCGUCUACUACCCCGAAAACACCUCCCGCCUCACAAUCUUCUCCCUAACACUAGCCGGCCUCGUCUUCUCCUUCACCAUGGCCCUCGUCUGCGGCAUCGGUCUCGCCUCCGGAAUCAGCGCCAACCCCGAAUACGAAGCAGCCUAUACCCUCGGCCAAGGCGCCCUCAUCGUAGAAGGCUUCGGACCCCUCCACGGCUUUGGCAAAUUCUGCUCCGUAAUCAUCGCCCUAGGCCUCAUCGCCAACACCGUCGCCCCAACCUACUCCGCCGGCGUCGAUUUCCAAAUCCUCGGCCGGUACGCCGAAAAAGUGCCCCGGGUGAUCUGGAACACCGUCGGCGUGAUCAUCUUCACCGUCUGCGCACUGGCAGGACGCACUCAUCUCUCGGAGAUUUUCACCAAUUUCCUCGCUCUCAUGGGUUACUGGGUUGCUAUCUGGUUUGCCAUUUUAAUCGAGGAAUUUGUCUUCCGCUGGCACACGGGAUAUAACUGGGCUGCGUGGCGCGAUCCGUCCAAGUUGCCUAUCGGUAUUGCGGCCUUGGUCGCUUUCGUCGUUGGUUGGGUCGGUGCCGUCCUGUGUAUGGCGCAGGUAUGGUAUAUCGGACCUCUGGCUAAACUUGUCGGUGAGUAUGGUGCCGAUAUGGGCAAUUAUGUCGGUUUCUCGUGGGCUGCGCUUGUGUACCCGCCUCUCCGGCUUUUGGAGCUGCGCUUUAUUGGCCGUUGA